CUGGAGUGACACACAGCACACAUUUAACAUCUGCAGUUUGUGUGGAAAUUCCUCAGCAGUUACAACAACAUAUAGUCUUUUUACUGAGUCACUACACCUUUAAUGUUUUAGACGCUGUUACCCAUGAUUCCAUGCGUUGUUUACAGCUGUCUAAUGGUCUAUUCGGAGUGACAGUGUGCUGGUGUACGCUGUUAUUCGCAGUCCCAUGAGACACACACGCUAAACAGUCAGGACAGCGACAUGAAUAAAGUUUUUUUUUCUUUCCGGAAACGCUUGUAUAAUUAAUAGUUAAGCAUGAUAGUGAGCCUUAUGUAUUAUGGGCUGUACCCGCUAAGCCAGCUCUUCAUUAGGCUCUCAGAGUCUUGGUGGAAACAUCAGCCGGUGAUCAUUAAUGGCAAAGCAGCUUGUGAUGGUGGUGCACGCUCUUGCAGAAAGCUUAAUGAGCAGCAGACUGCUUUGUUGGAUCAGUGGUGCAACGCUGGAACGGCUUCACAAAUCCCUACACACUCUCCGCAAGAAAGGAGGGAAGCUGAGGGACUGGUGGAGAGCAGAUCUCUUCAUGAGAUCGGGGAGGUGGUAGUGGAGCAGAAGAGUGAGAUGGAGGAGGACACGGAGAAGACUUAUUGGCAGUGGGCCAAAAUCCAGACUGCUGCUGAUGAGAGCAAAUGGAAGUCUAGUUCUGAGGGGGAAAGACAGAGAUUUCAAGGGAUGGUGACAGAGACUGGAGGUGUCUGUCCAUUCAUGCCAACAGGUGGCUUCUCAUAUCACUCGGGUUCUUAUCAAGCAGCGCCAUCCAGCGCACUGACACAUGCAGGCUCUGAUAACCAUGACCUUCUCAAAAGCCUACAAGAAUCCCAAGCUUGCACUAACAGAAACGAGUCCAUUGAACCAACAGCAGAUGGUGCUGAAGAGAGUGAGAAUGAUAGUUCUAAAGUACUAGUAAAUAUGACUUCUGGUUUGUUUACCAGUGGGAACGUGUAUGGCGAUGACUUGGGCACCAGACGAAGUGAAGACCAGGUCAGUAAUGGCAGUUUUACGUAUGACCUGAGUGCUCUGCUGGCGGACAACCAUGCACAGUCCUUUAAUAAUCACACAUGGCUACAACCUCUGCCAACUGAUUGGGAUUUUACAGCGGGGCUUGGACUGUCUGAGGUAGUCCAUCAUCCCUUACAGUUCUCCGACACAAGCUACUACAAUGGGUUUCAGGAAAAUACCAAUUUUAAAGUGAUGUGGAGGGUGUGGGAAGACCUCAGUCAAACUUCCAGUCCCUGUAUACCUUCCCACACAGCCUGUAUAGCUCCUGAGACUAAGUUUGACUUCACCAUUAUGUCCUACAACAUCCUGGCCCAGGAUCUGCUAGAGGCUAACUCAGAGCUGUAUGCACACUGCUCAGAGCACGUGCUAACAUGGGAGAACCGUUUACAGAACAUUCUCAAAGAGCUGCUGACCUGGGAACCUGAUAUUAUCUGUCUUCAAGAGGUGCAAGAGAAUCACUUCCAAGAGCGGAUUUAUCCAGCCUUGAUCGAGAUGGGAUAUGACUGCGUGUACAAACGCCGCACAGGCACUAAAACAGACGGUUGUGCGGUUUGUUACAACACUAAGUGCUUUACAACACUCUCUGUGCGCCUGCUAGAGUUCCACCGUCACGACUCCGAACUGUUAGACCGGGACAACGUGGGCAUCGUGCUGCUCCUCCAGCCAACCACGGCACAUGGUGAAGGCAUUAGGUUCCGGCCGAUCUGUGUGGCCAACACACACCUGCUGUUCAACCCCAGGAGGGGAGAUGUGAAACUGGCCCAGUUGGCCAUAGUGCUGGCAGAGAUUGACAGCGUGGUCAGGCAGUGUAAGGUCGAAGGGCAUGAGUGCGAGAUCAUUCUGUGUGGGGACUUCAACUCCUUACCCAACAUGCCACUGUAUCAGCUGAUCGUCACAGGCCAGCUCUACUACCACGGACUACCAAACUGGAUGGUGUCUGGUCAGGAGGAUUUGUCCCACAAAACUUAUCACAGGAGGCUUUACGCACCUUUGUGGCCCAAAAGCUUGGGUAUCAACGAUAACUGUCGGUACUAUGAUGCCUGUGAGCCUGAAGGCAAAGAAUCAGGGAAACUGCAGUACAAUCAUGACUUCCUGCGGCAGCUGCGUUACUGCCCGGCUGCCUGUGUGCGGCCCCCUGACCUGGAGCUCAUACCAGGUGUCACCGACAACACUCCAACUCCUGAAGAAACACAGCCAUUUCCUCCAAGGCAUUUCAGAAAUGCCAUAUGUCAUGGCUUGAACCUAAGCUCUGUGUACAGCCGGAACAUAUCCGGCACUGAACAAUGUGCUGUCACCACGCUGCACAUGCACGGCGCUGCCAUGGUCGACUACAUCUUCUACUCCACAAGAAGAGGACACGCUAGGGGUUGUGAUGAUGAAGAGAAGGGUCUGAAGUUGCUCGGUCGUCUUGCUCUGCUGUCUGAAGCUGACCUUUGGUCGCUGAAUGGACUCCCAAACGAAAUAUUCCCAUCUGAUCACCUCAGCCUGCUGGCCAAAUUUCAACUCUGCUGAGUGUCCAGGGUUCUAAGAAGUGGGACAUCCAAGAAGUGCAUACACGACCCCAAGUUCAAGUUACCAAUGUUGCUUUUUAGACAGGGCCUUUGUUAUAGACCCAAGUUCUGUUGUAACUUCUGUGAGGCCUUAAUCAAGAGAUGUGUUUCUCAUUGUUCCAACUACUCAAAGAAAGUCAAAGACAGGUGAUAAUACAGUUUUCCUCCCAUCAAAGAUUAUGGCUCAACUCUGAAUGUUCUCAAUCAUUUUAAACAGUUUCUUCCUUUUGACUAGUGAAGGAUUUCUAAAGGACCUUUUAGGCAUAUGACUUUUUUUUUUUUUUUAUACGUGCUGUCCAAGACUACUAAGGUUGUCAACACCUUGUGGUUUUAAGGUUGUUUUAAAGCGCAAGUUAAGCUAAUCCAUGUGGCAUUAUCUGAAAUAAUCAGCACUGACCGAUUGAGCUGUUCAGUCUCGUUGGCAAAACAUUUUUAACAUGGAGAAUGCUGAAUGUACCUCAUUUUGUUUUCGAAUUUAUAGUACGAAUUAUAGAGACUAUCUGCUUUUGUUUUGAGCGGCUUCAUAUUCUUUCAGUGGAAGAAAAAAUAAAGAUCUUGGUAAUAAAUAAUAA